UGCGCUGAGCCCCGGGGGCUGCGGGGGUUGUUCCGAGAAGGCCCGGGCCUGGGGCUCCCGGGCGCGGGGGUGGAGACGAACGAAGCCUUGGCUGUAGCGCCAUGAGCCGAGCGGAGCAGGUGGGCGACCGCCUCUCUGGCCCUCGCCCACAGCCCCAGCCUCAGCCUGGGCGGUCGAUGGGCCCCCGCACCUUCACCAUCGACAGCAUCCUCCGGUCGGAUUUGCGGAGGGCGCCGCGACCUGGAUACUGCUGGGGGCUGCGGGGACCUAGCCCAGCCCACGAACCUCAGCAGUACGAGGACCCAGGGGAGGAGGAGGAAGCGGUGGCCGUGGAGGUCGGGAGGCGCGAUCUCGGCUCGGGAAAGGCAGAGAACAGGAGCCGCAGCCGCAGCCGCAGCAGGAAUCCAAGAGCAAGCAGGAGCAGGAGCAGGAGCAGGAGCACGAGCCGGACUCGCGGCUGGGAGCCGGACCAGUGUAGAGGGGCAGGAGGAAGCCUCCAGGGGGUCUCGGGGCCUAGGGAGGUGCCCUGCCCCAGAGAGAGCAGCCCGGACACCACAGACCGCAGCGAGUGCCGUGCUGGACCAUCUUCUGGGCCGCAGUCCAGCAAAAAGAAGACUAGGACCAUCUUCUCCAAGAGCCAAGUGUUCCAGUUGGAGGCCACAUUCGACGUGAAGCGCUACCUAAGCAGCGCUGAGCGUGCGGGUCUGGCCGCCUCCCUGCAACUCACGGAGACGCAGGUGAAGAUCUGGUUUCAGAACCGCAGGAACAAACUCAAGAGACAGCUGGCUGCCGAGCCCGAUGGGCCAGUGGGGACCCAGGCGUCCGAGCAGGCCCCGGAGCUGCCGGCCCUUUAUAAGGACUCGGCCUUCCUCAGUCGCUACCUGCUGCCGCUGUCGCUUCCCCUCCUGUACCCUGGGCACAGCUUCCCCUACCUCUGCCUCCCCCGGCCGGGCAAAUAUUUCAGUCUGCUCGAUGGAGACGUAUAAUAGCCUCCUUUUUUUCCUUCCCUCAUUCGCUCGACUUUUUAAUCCCCUCACAAACACGAAUUCUUCCAUCUUGUUUUUUUUUUCUCCCCCCCUCCCCGCCCUUUUUGUUGUCUGUUUUUGUU